UUUUACCCAUAAGUUGCUUAUGAGUCGAAUGAGUUGGCCUCUAUUUAUAUGUCGGAAUAUCCGUGAUUACAUUGAGGUUAAGUUAUGUCGGAGCUCAUUGAUUUGGCUUGGUCAAAAGAACGUGCUUACGUAUGGAAUGCGGAAGAUUGGUUAAAGUUGAGGACCGAGUAUAGAAUAAUAGGGGAGCUGAUCGGCUGUCUUCCAAAAUUGCCUCGGCAAGAAGUUUUGCUCGGCUUGCCGCUGCUUUUAAUGCCAGAAGAAGUUUCCUUGAUGAUAGAGAAAAAUAUCGCUCGUUUGGUUGACUACCCGUCGAUUCGCAAGCAGCCCAGCGAAGCUUUCAAAAAAAUAUUUCAAGAACAUAGAGAAAAAUUGUACAAAGAGCAGGAAGUUUGCUUGAGGGAUGAAAGAAGGAAGCAGGUGACAUUGAUGAUGGAUAAAAUAAUCGAGGGAAAAAAGAGAAAAAUUCUUGGUGUUAGUAGUAGUAAAAAAAAAUUACGCAAACAGGAAAUCGAUGCUGAAACUCAUGCCGCUAUGAUGAAAAUUAACAUCGAUCGUGACGUUUUGUUGAACGAGGAAAUGGCUAAACUGCCAAAACUGGAGCAGAGCGAUGCCUUGGUUCAAACUCACACUGCUUAUCCUUGGACAACUGAUGCAGAAGUGAAAAAUUCGGAGUGGAAGUAUCCUUUUACACCCGAAGAAGUUGUUCGAUACAAAGUAUACAAAGACCUAUGGGAAAAAGGUUUUUACAUAACCAGUGGCGAAAAGUUUGGUGGUGACUUUCUGGCAUAUCCAGGUGACCCUAUAAUGUUUCAUUCACAAAUGAUAAUAACAUGCAGGGAUCGAACAGAGGAAAUACCGAUUUCGGAGUUGAUAGCUCAUUCGCGAGUUGGAUGUCACGUACGAAAGACUCAAGUGUUUGCUACCCUGUCGGAAAAUGGUGAUAAUGUUAAAUAUCAAUCAUUCCAAUGGUCAGAGUCGUGCAUAGUCUAAAAAGCAAUACUGUCUCAGAUGUUGUGUACAUACAUCUAAAUUUGGAUCAGAGCUCAAAUAACAUGAAAUCAACCAUUCGAGA